AUGACAAGCAAGAGGAUAAAGGUGGAAGAGUUGUACAGGGCUAAGUGGGUCGCGAUGAAUAGGAUCACAUUCUUGGACCCAAACAAGAGAGAGGUGGUUUGGGAGGCAGUCGAUCGCACUACACGUGUAUCCGAUGUAGAUGGAGUGGAUAUAAUAGCAAUCAUUGGCAAUGGUACUGAUAAUAGACGUAUAGUAUUAACCAUUCAGUAUCGGCCACCUGUUGACUCGUUGGUCAUUGAGUUUCCAGCCGGUCUGCUGGACAAGGGUGAGACGCCUGAGCAAGCAGCAUUGAGAGAGCUACACGAGGAGACUGGAUACACAUGUGAUUCAGUCAACACCGUCUCAUCAAUCCUUACACUCGAGCCUGGAAUGUCAAGUGCCAACACCAAGUAUUGCAUUGUAAAUGUCGAUGGAGAGAAGAACAAGGAACCCAAACAAAAGCUGGAGGAGGAUGAGUUCAUUGAGGUGUUGAUCCUGCCAUUGGACAACUUGAUGCGAUCAUUGGAGGAGUUGAGAGUGAAGUACAACUGUCUGAUAUCAUCACAAGUGUACUCAUUAGCCUUGGGCCUGAGUCUGGCCUCACCUAAA